AGCUGAAGUAUGACUCGUCGUGUGGCAGUGGUUGGAGGAGGGAGUUCAGGUCUGGCCUGUAUCAAAUGCUGUCUUGAUGAGGGACUGGAGCCUGUCUGCUUUGAAAGCAGUGAUGACAUUGGUGGUCUGUGGAGGUUUAAGGAGAAUCCUGAGCCAGACAGGGCCAGCAUCUACCACUCUGUCAUCAUCAACACCUCCAAGGAGAUGAUGUGUUUCAGUGACUUUCCAAUCCCUGCACACUUCCCAAAUUUCAUGCACAACACUCUCAUCAUGGACUACUUCAGGAUGUAUGCUGAUCACUUCCAGCUCACCAAGCACAUACGCAUCAGAUAUAAAAUGUUGUGUAGUUCAAUGUAACAGAUGGUUGAAUGU